AUGGACGAAAACUUCCUGGCGCCGGCGCCCACCUGGCACUUCCGGCUUCCGUGGCGCCGCAAAGUGUCUGCCGCCGACGUGGCGAAACUCCAGGCUAAAACCAACAAGCGGUCCAGAAAGCUCCACAGAGCUCUAGACAAACAGAAAGCGGCUCUUCAGGCGUGGGGAGCAUCCCUUUCGGACGAAAACAGAGACAUGAUUUUCCACUACGUUCGUCUUGUGGACCAGCUCGGCGAUGUUUUGAAGUUUGACGGGCCUUGUGACGCCAUGGAGGGUGUUGCAGCCAGGGAAGCGAAAAGAGAGGAGCUUGUGGCGAAAGACCAGAAAUUGGUGAAGCAGCGGGCACAUGUGGCGGUGAAGUACGGGCCCAAGUGUACUCAGGCGUUGGAGUUGGGCGAGGAAAUCAAGGAAAACAGGUCCCGAAUCGCCCUGUCUCUGGAACAGCUAGCUGAGGCUAUCGGAGUGGAACUUCGAGCAGCGUUGAAGGAGUACCUGGGGAAAUUGAAGCUUGCGGUGGGUAGGGUUGGAAAUGCAGCCGAACGGUUGGAAGUUGGCGAUGGUGGUGGAGAAUUGGAGUGUAACUUUGAGGUUAGUGAGGUGAAGGUGGACAAGGAAGAGACUGCCACUGAGGAGGUCACCGAAGUUGAGAAAGCUGAAGAAAAGGCUGAUAAAGCUGAAGUUGAAGACAUCCCUAAAGCCAAGGACCAGCCGUGGGCGAGAAUGCCGUCCAUGUUUGCACGAGCUCUGACGAUAGUAGGUAAGAAGGUGAGGAAAGGCGACACGGAAAAGAAGAUCUUGAAACCUGAAGACACAAAGUAUCCUUAUCCCUCGGAUCCCAAGGAAAUCAAGGUUCUUUUGGGAAAACAGGCCCUUGAAAGAAAGGAAAACCGGGCCCAGAUGCCCUUGAGGAUGGCUUCCAGGUUGGAAGCUGAAAAGAUAGGCAAAACAGAACUCCAAAACGAAUGGGCCAACGUCGACAACGAUAUCGACGAAAAACUACAAGGCCGAGGCACAGGCGCCAACGGCACCGUCCACCGCGUGUGGAACGGCUGGUAA